UGAAUGUUUCUGACGGGGAAAAGGAGUGGGGCAGCCUGAAGCACACUCAAAUGAGUCUCAAACGCAUUCAUUUAAUCGCUGCAAUAUUUAACCAGUUGAGUUAUCGCGUGUUUUCCUCUCACUUGACUUUCUCCACACCGACUUUGACCAGUCGACACGGAAGUUUUACGUUCGUAUAAAAGUUAAUUUAUCGUCACAUAAAGCGACUUUUUCAAAUAAUGUUGACAGGAGACGCACCAACAGCAGUCUUUGCUGGUUUUAUUGAGAUACUUUUGGACUGCUGAAGUUUCAGGUCACCUGAGGCACAUUUCACUUCCUCAUCUGGACUUUUUUUCUUCGACAUCAACUGUCGGUCAUUUAUUUCGUGAAUGGGAAUUUGCUGUCGCGCAGAUGAAAACGGACUUCGGACAGUAACCAAAUCACCUGUUAUUGCCUCAAACCUCUCAGUUUUUGCCUGCAAACAGGUACUGUAUGUGUGUGUGUUUACCAGCUCUAAUGGUAGCAGCUAGAAAACAUCACCUGUGAGAGGAUUGAACCACCUCACCAUGACAGAGGUCCAGACUCCAUGGCCGCAGGGCACAGAGUGUGUGGCCAGGUACAACUUCAAAGGCACAUCAGAACAGGACCUUCCCUUCAACAAAGGAGAUGUGAUGUCGAUUAUUAUCGUCACAAAGGAUCCAAACUGGUACAAAGCAAAAAACUCUGCAGGUCGCGAAGGGACUAUUCCGGCUAACUAUGUUCUGAAAAGAGAAGGUGUGAAAUCUGGAGGCAAGCUGAGUCUAAUGCCAUGGUUUCAUGGGAAGAUAACGCGGGAGCAGGCGGAGCUGCUGCUUCACCCUCAUGAAACAGGCCUGUUCUUGGUGCGAGAGAGCACCAACUUCCCCGGCGACUACACCCUGUGUGUGAGCUGCGAAAGCAAGGUGGAGCACUACCGCAUUGUCUACUCCAACGGCAAGCUCACUAUCGAUGACGAGGGGUACUUUGAAAACCUCAUGCAGCUGGUUGAGCACUAUACCACAGACGCGGACGGCCUGUGCACCAAACUAAUAAAGCCAAAGCUGGAGGAGGGGACGGUGGCCGCUCAGGAUGAGUUCUCCAGGAGUGGCUGGUCGAUGAGCAGAAAAGACCUCAAGCUGCAGCAGGUUAUUGGAAAAGGAGAGUUUGGAGAUGUCAUGGUGGGAGACUACAGAGGGACCAAAGUAGCUGUGAAGUGCAUAAAAAAUGAUGUUACAGCACAGGCCUUUAUUGCAGAAGCUUCUGUCAUGACGCAACUACGGCACAAUAACCUGGUGCAACUGCUGGGAGUGAUAGUAGAGGAGAAAGGGAGUCUGUUUAUCGUUGCUGAGUACAUGGCCAAGGGCUGUUUGGUUGACUACUUGCGUUCCAGAGGCCGGACAGUACUUGGUGGAGAGGCUCUCAUUAAUUUUGUUCUAGACGUCUGUGAAGCCAUGGCAUACCUGGAAAACAAUAACUUUGUCCACCGAGACUUAGCAGCCCGCAACGUUCUUGUGUCGGAAGACAACAUAGCCAAAGUCAGUGACUUUGGUCUGACCAAAGAGGCCUCUUCCACUCAGGACACUGCUAAGCUGCCUGUAAAGUGGACAGCCCCGGAGGCCCUCAGAGAAAAGAAAUUUUCCACAAAAUCAGAUGUUUGGAGCUACGGUAUUUUGCUUUGGGAGAUUUACUCUUUUGGCCGAGUGCCGUACCCGAGAAUUCCAUUAAAAGACGUUGUGCCUCGAGUGGAGAACGGAUACAAAAUGGACUGUCCAGAUGGCUGUCCUGAAGUGGUUUACAACAUCAUGAAACAGUGCUGGAACCUGGAUCCUGCUGCUCGGCCAAGCUUUCAAAUGUUGAAGGAGUGGCUACAACAUGUCAGCCAAGGGAUGGGAAAAAAACAAUGAGUCAUCUGAUGGAACAGACACAGGACUUUCCUCUCUCUCUCUCUCUCGUGUUGACCUCUUGGACCAUAACCUAGGAGGGAAAAAUAGAUUUCAAAAGGACUGUUUUAUUUUGCAAAGUUUACGAUAAAGUUUGCUUUGUCCAUGAACUGUUAAUUAAAACUGUAAACGUUUAUAUUUUUUUAGCGUCAUCACUCGUCUCAGGCUGUUCAAACUGCAGUAACUCUUAAUAACUGGCUUAGUCGCUCUUUCUGCGCUCGGUUAUCAAGAGUGAAUGAUUAACUGUCAAAUUGACGAGUCUUUCCUUUGAACACAGUGCUGCCACAGUGCCUUGGCCGGAUUUGUAUAUUUUAUGUAUUUUAUGUUGAUAUCAUUGGUUAUAUUGGUGGCGUCAUUGUAUUUUAUGAACAUGAGUUGACGUAACAUAAUUUGACUAAAUUGACUGAAUCUAUCGGUUAAAAGAGGAGAUACGUGUCAAAAGUAGGAACACAGUUUUGAGACGUCAUUACAUGCUGUAUUAUUUGUUACAAUUUCCAGGUACACCUUUUUGCAUGAAUAUUUAAUUAUUUUGUUAAAAGGACUAAGUUAAAAUAACUAUAAUUAUGCAGCUAUAUCUUUUCAUUGAUGUAUAAUUUGUGUUUGUUUGGAUCCCUCCUAUAAAUCAAAAAAUGAAGCACAACUUUGGACAAAGGUCAUCUUUACUACUGAUAUAAUAACACCAUUCAGCUCAGUCGUGUAGACCUCAUUCCCAUGUACAUAAUUGCUAUCUGACAUCAAUAAAUGUUUUAUUUUGUGAAUCUUUAGAUUCAACCAAAUUUUCUGAAUUGUGUAUGUAAAGAGAAUGUUAAUAAGUUUACUGUGCUGCCAUUUUCAACAAUAAAAAAAAAUAUAUUUUGAAAA